AUGUUGGGGAAUCACUCCAGUGCCACUGAAUUCUAUCUCCUUGGCUUCUCUGGAUCUAGAGAACUACGCCAUAUCCUCUUUGCUACCUUCUUCUUCUUCUACUCAGUGACAUUUAUCGGUAACACAGUCAUCAUUGUGAUUGUCUGUCUUGAUAAACGGCUGCAGUCUCCCAUGUAUUUCUUCCUUGGUCAUCUCUCAGCCUUGGAGAUCCUGGUGACCACCAUUGUCGUCCCCGUGAUGCUCUGGGGGCUGCUGCUCCCUGGGAUGCAGACAGUAUCUCUGGCUGCAUGUGUCACCCAGCCCUUCCUGUACCUUGCUCUGGGAACCACAGAGUUUGCCCUGUUGGGAGCGAUGGCUGUGGACCGUUACGUGGCCAUCUGUAACCCCCUGAGGUACAACGUCAUUAUGAACAGCCGCACCUGCAACUUGGUGGUAAUUGUGUCAUAGUUGUUUGGGGUCCUUUUUCAAAUUUGGCCAGUUUAUGCCACAUAUCAGCUUUCCUACUGCAAAUCAAACGUGGUGGACAAUUUUUUCUGCGACCGAGGGCAAUUGCUCAAACUAUCCUGUGAUAAUACUCUUUUCAUGGAAUUCAUCCUCUUCUUAAUGGCUGUUUUUGUUCUUUUUGGUUCUUUGAUCCCUACAAUUGUCUCCUACACCUACAUCGUCUCCACCAUCCUCAAGAUCCCCUCGGCCUCCGGCCGCAGGAAAGCCUUCUCUACGUGUGCCUCCCACUUCACCUGUGUUGUGAUUGGUUACGGCAGCUGCUUGUUCCUCUACGUGAAACCCAAGCAAACACAGGCCACGGACUACAACCGGGUUGUUUCCCUGAUGGUUUCCGUAGUCACCCCUUUCCUCAACCCUUUCAUCUUCACUCUCCGGAACGACAAAGUCAUAGAAGCACUUCAGGACAGAGUGAAACAGUGCUGUCAUCUGUUCAGAAACUAGUCUUGCCCUAAAGCUUUUUAUUCCGGAGAAGGCAAUGGCACCCCACCCCAGUACUCUUGCUUGGAAAAUC